AUGCCUACGAAUAAAAAAAUUCGAAAACUAACUCAAAAUCAAGUAGCAGAGUUAAGACAAGCAUUUAAUUUAUUUGAUACUGACGGAUCAGGAGCAAUAUCCAUCAAAGAAUUUAAACAAGCAUUAUGGGCAUUGGAUAUACAAGCUAAUGAUCAAGAAGUUCAACACAUGUUUAAGGCAAUUGAUGCUGAUAAGAAUGGUGAAAUCGAAUUUGAAGAAUUUGUUGAAAUUGUAGCCGAUUCAUAUUUUCGAAAAUUUACAAGAGCUGAAAUAUUAGAAGCAUUUAAACGUUUUGAUCAUGAUCAUGAUGGUUAUAUAAGUGCAAAUGAAUUACAAAAUAUUCUAAGUCGAUUAGGACGAAAUUUUUCAUCGGAUGAGAUUCGACGAAUGAUUGCUCAGGUAGAUCGUGAUGGUAAUGGAAAGAUCUCAAUCGAUGAAUUUGCCGCUUUAGUCGAAAAAGAAAGCAAUCUGAUACCAAUAUUUGGUUUUGAACAAAAACCUGGUGCAAAUCCAGUUAUACGAAAAUUUAUAUAUUUAGGUUGUUUUCAUUUGGUAUUAAAAAAUUUACCGUUCAUCCAAAAUACAUCACAGUGA